GUCAGCGGCGCAGACAGAAGAUUCCUGAACCCUCACGAGCAUCGAGCCGGUGAACGUACCGCAUGCUGCUGCUGCUGCUGCUCACUUACAUGGAACAAGAACAAGGGUGUAUCACUGUCCGCUGAUCCAGACCCACCGUAGCCGCCGCCGUCACUUUUGUUUAGUUUUUUAGCCCCGAGCCUCGUUUCUCCUCGUUCUCGCCGCUGCCCUGCGCUGGUCGAUUCGCCGCUGAAGAUGUCAGUUGUCGGGUUUGACGUCGGCUUCAUGAGCUGCUAUGUAGCGGUAGCCAGAGCCGGAGGGAUUGAAACAGUCGCCAAUGAAUACAGCGACCGAAGCACACCAGCAUGUGUUUCCUUUGGACCUCGGAAUCGCUCCAUCGGUGCAGCUGCAAAAAGCCAGGUCGUCACGAACUGCAAGAACACAGUCCAAGGUUUCAAGAGGUUUCAUGGCAGGGCGUUUUCAGACCCGUAUGUGCAGCGCGUCAAAAACAGCUUGGUCUAUGAUAUUGCACAAAUGCCCACGGGGACAGCUGGCAUUAAGGUGAUGUACAUGGAGGAGGAGAAGGUGUUCAGCAUUGAACAAGUCACUGCCAUGCUGAUGACCAAGCUGAAGGAGACGGCAGAGAAUGCUCUGAAGAAGCCUGUGGCCGACUGUGUUGUCUCUGUUCCCUGCUACUACACCGACGCUGAGAGGAGAUCAGUUGUGGAUGCUGCUCAGAUUGCUGGACUGAACUGCCUGAGGCUCAUGAAUGAGACAACUGCAGUUGCAUUAGCGUAUGGUAUCUACAAACAAGAUCUCCCUGCUCCCGAGGAGAAGGCCAGAAAUGUGGUGUUUGUGGACCUGGGCCAUUCUGGAUACCAGACAUCAGUGUGUGCCUUCAAUAAGGGCAAACUCAAGGUCCUGGCUACAGCAUGUGACCCGGAGUUGGGAGGAAAGGACUUCGAUGAAGUACUAGUCAAGCAUUUCUGUGAGGAAUUUGGCAAGAAGUACAAGCUCGAUGUCAAGUCAAAGCCCAGGGCUCUGGUCAGGCUCUACCAGGAGUGUGAAAAACUGAAAAAACUGAUGAGCGCCAACUCCUCAGACCUGCCGCUUAACAUCGAGUGCUUUAUGAACGACAUUGAUGUCUCCGGAAAGCUGAAUAGGGGUCAGUUUGAAGAGAUGUGUGCUGAUAUUUUCGCCCGAGUAGAGCCUCCUCUGCAGAACCUGCUGGAACAUGCCAAACUGAAGAAGGAAGACAUCUAUGCAGUUGAGAUAGUGGGUGGAGCUUCCAGGAUCCCAGCUCUCAAAGAGAGAAUCAGCAAAUACUUCGGGAAGGAGUUGAGCACCACGCUGAAUGCUGACGAAGCUGUGGCCAGAGGAUGUGCCCUGCAGUGUGCAAUACUGUCACCUGCCUUCAAAGUGCGCGAGUUUUCCAUCACAGACAUUGUUCCCUAUCCCGUCUCCUUGAAGUGGCAUUCUGCUGCAGAAGAAGGUUUGAGUGAUUGUGAGGUAUUUCCCAAGAACCAUGCAGCACCUUUCUCCAAAGUGUUGACCUUCUAUCGGAGAGAGCCUUUCUCUUUGGAGGCCUAUUACAACUGCCCUAAUGAGCUUCCCUACCCUGACCCCACUAUUGGUCAGUUCUUGAUCCAGAAGGUUGUCCCACAAGCAUCUGGAGAGAGCUCCAAGGUUAAAGUUAAGGUGCGAGUGAACAUCCAUGGUAUCUUUAGUGUGUCCAGCGCCUCCCUGGUCGAACUGCAGAAAUCUGAUGAGACAGAGGAACCCAUGGAAACAGAACAGGCCAGUGAGAAAGAUGGAGAGAGCAAGAUGCAGACUGAUCAGGAUGAGCUGCAGGGACAGGGAGAUGCUCAGAAAGAAACAGAGGAGAAGGCACCACGUGAGAAUGAAGAGAUGGAGACCACCCCAGAGGAGGGCAAAGGCGAGAAGAAGUCUGACCAGCCCCCACAAGCCAAAAAGCCCAAAGUCAAAACAAAAGUGCUGGAUCUUCCGAUUGAAAACAGUCCACAGUGGCAGCUAGCAGAUGACAUGCUCAAUCUUUUUGUAGAAAAUGAGGGUAAGAUGAUCAUGCAGGACAAGCUGGAGAAGGAGAGGAACGACGCCAAGAAUAAUGUAGAAGAGUAUGUGUACGACAUGAGGGACAAACUGCACGGGAUGCUGGAGAAGUUCGUUGGUGAAUCUGACCGGGAUGCUCUGUCAUUAAAGCUGGAGGACACUGAAACCUGGCUGUAUGAAGAUGGAGAGGAUCAACCCAAACAGGUGUACAUUGACAAACUGGCAGAGUUAAAGAAACUUGGCCAGCCCAUCCAGGAGAGGUAUACAGAGGCUGAAGAGAGACCUAAAGCUUUUGACGAGCUGGGAAAACAAAUCCAGCAAUACAUGAAAUUUGUUGAAGCGUACAAAAUGAAGGAGGAGCAGUAUGACCAUUUAGAUGAGGCAGAUGUCACCAAAGUUGACAAACUCACCAAUGAUGCAAUGAUCUGGAUGAACAGCACCAUGAACCAGCAAAGCAAACAAAGCUUGACUCUGGAUCCCUCUGUCAAAGUUACAGAUAUUAAAGCGAAAACCAAGGAGCUGUUCUCUGCUUGUAACCCCAUUGUGACCAAGCCCAAACCCAAGGUGGAGCUUCCCAAGGAGGAGACGCCUGCCGAGCAGAACGGGCCCGUCAACGGACAGGAGAAACCCCAGGAAGAAAGUGCAGACAAGGGAACGAGCGAGAGCACAGGCAACCCCAGCUCAGAAACGACAGAAAACAAGCCUGACAUGGACCUUGAUUAAAGUAAAGCCCUACGCCUCCCUGAAGCAAAGUGGAACAGGAGCUUGUUGCUUCAGAUUGAGAUGCAGUCUGGGUUUAUAAUCAGAGCAGGUGAGGAAUUUUUCAGGGGGGGGGGGGGACUGCACACCACAGUCAAAAGUAGGCAGGGUGAUUAGCACACUGAGCCCAGCUCCUGGUGGUAUCUGUCUGAUGACACAGCAUGCCCUCUCCCUUUCUGGAUGACGUAAAUCAAAAGCCAGCCGCAAUAAGCCUGUUUGACGAUGAGCGCUGUACACAUGAUGGUAUUUAUUUCUGUUGUGUGCUCUGUAAGUGUUCUGGUCUGUGUCACAAUAACGGUUUUAAUAAAGUUAUUGAAAAUCA